AUGGGUCCGCAGCUGAAGAUGUUCUCGGGCCCUCAGAUGGCCUUCAUCCGGCCCUCCUGUCUGUCGACGCCUUUCACGGCCCUCCCCCUCUACCGAUGCUUCUCGACGACCUCGCCUGCCCUUGAUUGGCUUACCCCCAAGUACGCCGAGAGAUCCAAGUCCCCCAAGGGUCGUCCCCAUGUCGCGACUGGUGGCUCGUCCCGCGGUACCACUGUCGUCUGGGGUGAAUAUGGCUUGCGGAUGAAGGACCACGACCGCCGGUUGCCGGCCUCAUCGCUGAAAAUCGCCGAGGAUACCAUCAAGAGACGUCUGAGGGGUAUGAACUAUACCCUGUACAAGCGAGUGAGCGCCAACAUCGGUGUCUACACCAAGGGUAACGAACAGCGUAUGGGUAAGGGUAAGGGUAAGUUCGACUACUGGACGGCCAAGGUUGGUGUGAGCAGAAUCGUCUUUGAGCUUAGGGGUGAUCUGCACGAGAAGAUCGCAAGGGAGGCCUUCCGUCUGGCCGGUCACAAGCUGCCUGGCCUCUGGGAAUUCGUGAAGAAGGGCGAACCGCCAGUGGUCGGUCUGACGAAACUCGGCAAUGGAGUGACUCUGGAAAGCCUCAAACGCGCACGCAGAAGCCCAGCCCUUGGUACACAGAAUCUACCAAACCCCCCGACCUCGACCUCAUCCAGUCCCCCUGCUUCCCAAUAA